AUGAAUCCUGCUCGACCACCUCCUGCUGUGCUGCAGACGCCAGGAUUUGCCCAUUACUCUGUGGCAUGGUCCCCUUUUCACAAUUCUCGCAUCGCACUUGCUUCAGCUGCCAAUUUUGGUCUUGUGGGUAAUGGUCGCCUGCACAUGGUAUCGCUAAUUCCAGGAGUCGGUGGCUCGUCUGCGGUGAAACUUGAUAAACAAUACGAGACCCAGGAUGGAAUAUACGACGUUGCAUGGUCAGAGAUUCACGAGAAUCAACUGGUUACAGGCUCAGGAGAUGGAACGCUGAAACUAUGGGACAUAUUGCUGAAUGACUUUCCAAUACGCUCUUGGCAUGAGCACAGUCGUGAAGUUUUCUCCGUCGAUUGGUCGAAUAUCAAGAAAGACACGUUUGCGUCCUCCUCGUGGGAUGGAAAUGUCAAACUGUGGACACCAGAAUUACCUCGUUCAGUGACAACACUGCAUGCACACCUGUCAUGCGUGUACCAAGCUCUCUUCUCUCCUCAUCAACCAGAUAUCCUUGCCACAUGUUCGACGGAUGGAACUAUGAAAAUAUUCGAUCUUCGUUCCCCCGCUUAUGCCACCGGCCCCGCCACAAAUUCCUUCACACACCCCUUAUCUAAUGCAGUCCUGACCGUCCCUGCAUCUGGCACUGAGUUGCUUUCCCUUGAUUGGAAUAAGUAUCGACCUUUUGUGCUGGCAACCACUGGCGUUGACAAGAUGGUGAAGGUGUGGGAUUGUCGGAUGAUUCAGAGCGCCAACCUGAGUGCUCAGACAAUUGGUGGCGUUUGCGAGGUCCAGCUUCCAGGUCAUGAAUAUGCAGUGCGAAAGGUCCAAUGGAGUCCUCACCACCCAGACAUUUUGGCCACAGCCAGCUAUGACAUGACAUGUAGGAUAUGGUCGUCUAACCCAUCCGCAGGGGGAUCCAGUCUCCUUCAGGUCCAUGAUCCUCAUACGGAGUUUGCGGCUGGUUGUAGUUGGUCCCUCUAUGAUGAAGGGUUAAUUGCAAGCUGGUGUUAUUCGCGUAAUACUAGAGUCUGCCAGGAUAUCAUAGAGGAUGAUCCUGAGGAUAUCAUGUCUGCUUCUCUCCAUACUCUUUACGACUAUGCCCCAAUCUCCCACUCAACCCCCGGAUCGAUAUUUACUUACACGAUAAAACGUAACGGAGGAAACUCAGCACUAAGACAGAUCACCCUUCAGGUACCAGACACGCAAGCAAGCAACUGGUCUUUGCAUGCUUCAUCCAUCUGGCAAGCCUCCCUUCACAUUGCAGAUCACAUCGAAUAUCUGCAGCUGGAUCGCUUCAGCGAUCGAAAAGUAUUGCGUGUCUUGGAGCUUGGAGCUAGUGCUGGGUUGCCUUCGAUCAUGAUCGCACGGACUACGCCAAAUGCUGUUGUUGUUGCCAGUGAUUAUCCGGACGAAAACCUCAUACGCACACUAUCUGAUAACGUUCGCCGCAAUCAUGCCUCAGAACGUUGCUGGACUGUCCCUUACGCUUGGGGCAAUGAUACAUCCCCACUCCUCAUGCCUGCCCAGCAGAACCCUGAAGGUUCUACUCUCUUUGAUAUAAUCGUCGCAGCUGAUACGCUGUGGAAUCCUGAGACCCACGUUCAGUUUAUCAACACGCUUUGCAUGUGUCUCAAUCACACCCCAGACGCUCGUGUACAUCUUGUCGCUGGUCUACACACAGGAAGAUACACCCUUCAAUCUUUCAUGAAUGCUGUUGUGAUGCACAAACUUCAAGUAGAAAGAGUGGUGGAGAGGGAAGUUAUGGAUGGCGUUCAAAGGCCAUGGGAUGUUACGCGCGCUGAGAGUGAGGAUGAAAGGGAGAGACGAAAGUGGGUAGUCUGGAUGGUCUUGAGAUGGGCAUGA